GAUAAUGUUAGCUUAGUGUUGAUCGAUGAUGAUGAUGCACUGCGGAACCUCACAUAUCUCAGCCUCGGAUAUCAGCAGCUAUUAAGGUAAACUCCAUAAUACGCGGCUUCCAACCCUACAGUAGAGGUAUCAUUUUCAGCCUGCCGAUCAUGGCCGCCUUCAAGCUCCCAAUAAUCGAUCUCACCUCCCCCGACAGCGCCCACGACAUCGUCGCCGCCGCCCGCGAAUAUGGAUUCUUCUUCGUCCGCAACACGUCCAGCUCCGCCGACGACCUGGCGCAGGGCGACAUCGAUCAGAUUUUCAACAUCUCGAAGGGGUUUUUUCAGCUACCGGUAGAGCGAAAGGAGGAGGUGGCGAUUAAUUCGAUUGAGUCGGGGAGUAAUCGGGGUUGGUUGGCGAUGGAGCGGGAGACGUUGGAUCCUCAGCAUCAGAAACGAGGUGAUUUGAAAGAAGCGUUCAAUAUCAGCGAGUAUCGAUCUGGACACGCCAAUCAACCCCUGGGUCCGCUGUCCCCGCACGAAGCGUACGUGGGCGAGUUCGCCUCGAAAUGCCACGGACUCUGCCGCCGGAUUCUCGAACUCUUCGCCAUCGGCCUCCAGAUCCCCACCUCCUCCGGCGGCCCCUCCUACUUCCUCCCCCCCCACGAUCCCACCACCGGCCCCUCCGGCUCCAUCCUCCGCCUCCUCUACUACCCUCCUCUCUCCGCUGCCCCCUCCAACCCCCCCGCCACCGACGACGUCCGCGCCGGCGCCCACUCCGACUAUGGCAGCCUCACCCUCCUCUUCCAACGGCCCGGCGAAUCUGGCCUGGAGAUCCAGCUGAAAGACGGCAGCUGGAUGCCCGUGCCGAGCGAUCCGCUGGGCUUGACGAGCGGCAACCCCUCGUCCAACCUGUCAACUGUCAUCAGCCCGUCGCAGCGGCCCGAGGGGAACGACGGCGAGGAUUCCGCCGCGCACGGGAGCUCGCCCGGCUGCAACGCAAUCCUGAUCAACGUCGGCGACCUGCUGUCGUUCUGGACGAACGGGCUGCUGCGGAGCGCGGUGCACCGCGUCGUGCUGCCUGCGGAGGCGUCGCACGAUCGGUACAGCAUUGCGUAUUUCUGUCAUCCGGUGGACAGCGCGGAGUUGCGGGCCGUGCCAAGUGAGUUAGUGGGGGAGUAUCGCGGGGAUGAGAGGGAUCGGCAGGGAUUUGCGGAACGAGUGGGGGAGAAGGCGGUGACGGCGAAGGAGCAUUUGGAGAGGCGGCUGAGGGAGACGUAUGGGAGUGGGAAAGAGGAGGGGAAGUAGUCCGGAGAGAUUAGAGGAGAAGAGGGCGUAGAGGGGUGAAACGAUAGGAGACGAUGGGGCGGAUUAUAUAAACGGCAUCACUACAUGAAGAGGGGCACCGAAUUAAGUAAGAAGUGGAUUUUCUACCAUGCGCCGCGGAAUUUUCGAAAUACAGAAGUAAGGUGAACCGGGAAAGUUGAGCCUCUUUGCAGAGGCGGCGGAAUCCCAGUCCUUUAUUGUCCCAGUGUUUGCUCCAUCCGAUAAUGCGCCACGAUGAAGUUGCAGUGAUGGAUCGAGGAAACAAGGAUGUAUGCAGGAUAAAGGAAUUUUCACGGGGAGU